UGCAAUUUGUCUUGGAUGUUUUUUUUUUUUUUUUUAGUAUCUAUUUUAGAUAAUGAUAUAUUACAAGUUAUAAAACUGAUAUAUUACAGGUUUUCUACUGACCAAUAUGAGAAAGUACCAUUCUUUAUUUUUGGAGACUGUAAUUUUUGCCUAGAUACCAAAGAUGCAAUACAGAAACUGACCAACCAAGCUGUUCCUGUCUAUGUCAAAAGUGCCCAAAAUGGAGAAGUUGAAAAAAUGUUGUAUAGAGAUCCAGGGAAUGAAAAUAAGAUUGAAUUUGAAGGUGAAACCACUGAUGGAAACUUUGCUCUUGAUGACGUCACCUUUUACGAUGGGAACUGUCAAACUCAUCCUGUAGAAGCAGCAGUGGAGCCCCCUAUAUCAGAGAAAUUCCAAGUGGUUUAAGAAACUGCUAAAAAUGAAGAAGAAAAAUGCCGCUUUUAAAA